AUGGUAAGAUACGCCUCCGCCGCCGUCAUCAACAACCCGGAAAAAACUGCUCGCGCACGGGGCGAGUACCUCAGAACCCACUUCAAGAACAUGCGGGAAGUCGCGGCCGCCGUUACGGGCUUCAAGCUCACGAAGGCGUACUCUUACUUGGGCGACGUACAGGAGCACAACCGCUGCAUUCCUUUCCGACGAUUCUCUGGUGGUGUUGGGCGUACGGGUCAGGCUAAGGAGUUCAAGACAACGCAAGGUCGUUGGCCCGAAAAGUCCAUCAAAUUCCUCCUCCGCCUCUUGAAGAACGCCGAGUCGAAUGCCGAUGCCAAAAACAUUGAUGUUGAGGAUCUUACGAUUAAGAACAUUGUUGUUAACCAGGCCCCUAAAACCCGCCGCCGCACCUACCGCGCCCACGGUCGCAUUAACCCCUACCAAGGCCACCCUUGCCACGUCGAAAUCAUCCUUGCCGCUUCCGAUGUUGAGGUCGAGAAGAGCCACGACAAGGACGUUGUCAAGCAAUUCGCAGGCCUCAACCGCAGACAAGUGGCCAGAAAGAGAAUCGAGGCAGCCCGAUCAUAA